UAUCAUUAUCUUGAUGAAUAUUUGUUACCAAGUAACGUAAAAUAUUUGAAUUUACCAAAAGAUAAGAACACAAUGUUAUAUUUGUUUGAAAUUACCAAAUAUAAUAAGCACACUUUGUAACUUUGGAGAUAAUAAUGCUAGUUUAACAGAAAAUACUAGUCUCUCAGAUUUAUCAACAACAAAAAAACAAAAACAAAAAAACCCACUUGUUUUAAACAAAAUAAAUAAAAUAAAAAUCCAAAUACCGGAAUAUGCAUAAUUUUAAUACUCUUUAUCACGCGACAAGCACGUCGGAUAUUUAAAGCUUCGUUUUUUAGAUGACAAAAGAAUACAAAUAUGAUGCUGAUUUUUUUCUUCUUCAUUUUUUGUUAAAUUUGUAACAAACAGCAUAUCCAGUAUCAAUCAUGCUUGGAAUGUAUACCUGGGAAAUUUUAAUGAAUAUCAUGCAUUUCAAUCAUCUUGUUAAUGUCAACGCACUGAGCUAAAAAUCAAAUUUAUACGCCUAUCACUGUGAAAAAAAAUAAACAGUUAUAAAUGUGUGCAUUUUUGGUGACAAUUAAUUAAACUCUGAAAAUACUUUACCCACCUGUGUGUCGGUGUUUCUGGGCUUUGUAUUCCGUAUCCCCCGUCAUGCAAUUGUUACUAAAAAUCAGAACACCCAAGUCAAAACACCUUUCACAGAAUUCAAAGGCUUCAUCACAUUUUAAUUGUAAAAAAGUGUCAUGAAAAUAUGUCUUUUUUGUUGGCACGGGAGAUCAGUUCCACAGAAGAGCCAAACUGCAGAGCGAAUUUGCGCCCGAUUUUUAUGCUGUGAAACAUGAUACAACCGUGACGUGAAGUUGAGACUCAAUGCAUUCGAUUUCAAUUGGAAGUACAAGGCGUUGCGAAAUCUUUGUAAAUUCAAGAGCCAAUUAAUGCAUAAAUUAGCACUAAACUUUUGUGGCAUUUUGACCCGGAACAUUUGUUUACUGUCAGAGAUGCAAACUUUUUGCCCUUCACUUCCCCAAAUGAAAAAUCAGGCAUGAAAUGAAAUUUGAGAAGGGAAAAAAAAUUAAAGAAAUUAAAUACGCAGAGUGGUUUAUUGAAAACGUUAGCUUUGACAAAACGCUGGGUGGAAAAGAAGAAGAAAAAAUACGACAAAUUAUGAGGAAGCAUUGCUACUGAGCCGUCGCUGAGUAGGGGUUUUCUCCAACGUGGAUCUAUGAACAUGCUCAAUUUGAUGCAUAUAUGCAAUAUCGACCUGCUUAUCUAAAUGCGUAGCUUUCUUUUUAAAAUUCGUCCUUUCUGUUCGAAAAUCUUGCAAAUAUCGCGCGACAUUCAAAAGAAAUAUCACACAUGCAAAUAUAAUGCAAAUUUAUUCAUAUCAUAUUCAAGCGAAAAUCAUGCAAUUUUUAUGCAAUACUUUUUUCGUAUAAUAUUAGAUUAUAUAUUGUAAUAUUCAGUGAUUUUAAUUUCACGUGAUCAUCGUGCAGUGCUUUUGUAUGUUUAUAUAGAAAUGACGCAGCUUUCUGUUAGUUUCUGGGAGAAUGACAGACUAUCUUUUCAUCUAUUGAUACAUGUAAUUAUUUGUAUUGUUCAGCUUUUGAAAACACAACUAAUUUGAUGUACAUGUACGCUAGUGCAGCCCACCCACAGCUGAGUAUGUUUGAUUCGUUUAUAGAUAUAAUUAUAAUGGGAUGAAUAAUUGUAAAACAUAUUUGCUAAUCUAUGACACUUACUCCUCCUAUCUAGGCACCUGAUCCCACCUCUGGUAUGUUUCCCUUAAUAUGUAUUCUUGAUAGGAUUAAUGAGAUUAAUUACUGUACUCGUUCGUUAUCUUCACUUGUUCACCAACAGAUACACAUAUAUAAAACAUGUAACCUUCAAACAUUUCAAUUUCAAAUAUCAUUGCACCCCUCCCCCACACGGUUUAGUCGCGAAGCACGAUUUCGAUAUGUAUGGUCGCAUGCACAGCUUAGAUUUAUAUUUUCCUUUCAUAAAAAUGUCCUUUCUAAUUUCUGAGUCUUUCCAAUCCCACAAAAUAAGGAAAGCUGACUUUCAACAAAUUACCACUGAACCAUAAUCAGCGAGCGAUAAGUGCUCUCCGUUCUUGACACCGUGUUUUAUGAAUGAGACCCAGUCUGUGUUAUCUGUCGCUCUGUCAUGUCAGAGUCUGUAUAUACAACAUAAAUACGUGAAUAGUGUUGGCAACAUGGUAUUCUGGACUUGGAUUUUACUUCUUCGUUACAUAUCGGACACAGCGUGUCUUCUGAACCCUGAAAUCCCGCCACCCACUACUCCGACCCCGAUAAACAGCCCCGAUUCCCAGUUCAUGCGACAACUUCUUCUCCAAGAGCAGCAACUCAGAAUAGAACUGCAGAAACAGAUUACAAGCAUUCAGUCACAAGUUCAGGAUCUGAGGAAUAAUGUAGAUACUUGUGAGAACAACUACAGAAAUCUGCAGUCAACAUUUGCCGAGUUUAAUAAAAACAUUUCGGCCAGUACAAAUAACCUUUCACAAGUUGCUUUCUUCGUGAGACUACGCAAUAAAAUAACCAACCAUCACCAAUCUACCAUAAUAGUCUUCGAUGACGUGCAGCUAAACACGGGCAAUGCUUACGACCCCCACAUAGGAACUUUCACUGCUCCUGUCGACGGCAUCUAUAAAUUUGACCUGGUCCUCUCAAGUGACGUCGAAAACGGUCAUGGAGAAAUAAUGCACAAUGGCGUAAGAGUUCUUGAUGUAUACGCAGAUAAACUGAAUUCGAUGUGGUAUGGUCGGGGGAGCGGGAGCAUUAUCGUCCGCAUGACACAGGGGGAUAAAGUGUGGAUUCAGAAUACCGACACCGGAAACACAGUCAUCAAUGCUGGCGUGGAAACAGCCUUCUCAGGACAUCUACUGUACCCAGCUUAGGUUUUAUUAAAACACACUGAUUCUCAUGGCUCUUGCCAAGAAAAA